AUGGAAUUGAAUUUACUGGAGGAUUUGGAGAAAUUGCGGCUGACAGAGGAUGAAAAAAAUAUCAUUGGUGAAGGUGUUGCGGAAGGUAUUGAUGAUGACACAAAGAAUCAAAUUUCGCUGACCUUAGUUGGCAAAUUGCUAACAAGGAGACCCUUCAAUGUUGAGUCAAUGAAGCGUACUCUCUUAAAUGUUUGGAAAAUCAUAAAUAAUGUGGCAAUAAGGAUGGUGGAGACAAAUUUAUUUGUCUUUCAAUUCUUCAGUGAAGAUGACAAGAGAAGGGUAAUGGAUGGCUGCCCUUGGUUUUUGAUAAAAAAAUUGCUCCUCCCGACAGAGAUUGUUGGUGAAGAGAAGCCAUCGGAAGUUUGUUUCAAGAACUCGCCUUUUUGGACUCGAAUUAGAGAUGUCCCUUUCAAUAAACGAUCGGCGGACUUUGCAUAUGAGAUAGGCGAACAUUUAGGAGGUUUCUUGGAGCUCGACGACUCAGAUCCUCUUGGAUGGAAUGAGUAUUUGAGGGUGAAAAUACUUGUUGACAUUAGUAAGCCUCUACGAAGGGGAGUUAAAAUAGCUAAUGGCUCACAAUCCUCAAAGUGGUGCAGCAUCCAAUAUGAAAGACUUGCUGAAUUUUGCUAUAAUUGUGGGAGAAUGGAUCAUAUUGUCUGA